AUGUUGCGUUCAGAUUAUAAUCGCAUCGACCCGAAACGGCGCGCGAAUCUCGACCAUCGCAAGAAGCAAUUUGCCGACCCAGCGUACAAGGACACAACUUACCCGCAUCGACUGAACUUCUACGCCGUGCCUCCCACCGCCGACAUCACCCUCGAGCAGUUCGAGCAAUGGGCCAUCGACCGCCUGCGAAUCCUAGCUGAGCUCGAGGCCUGUUCCUUCCGCAACAAAAGCGUCAAGGACACAGCUGACCACAUGAAGCCGUUGCUGGAAAAGUACCUGCCUCUUGACACCAACACGACCAAUAGCACCCAGUUGGCAAGCCAAAGACAAAAAGAUCAUUAUAGCCAUUUCAUCCUGCGCUUGGCAUUCGCCUCCACAGAGGAUCUGAGGAGGAGGUUCAGUCGCGUCGAGACCAUGCUAUUCAGACUGAGGUUCAACGACGAGAACUUGAAAGACCGAAAAGAGUUCGUACAAAGUCUGAACCUUGAUUGGGAAGAAAUCACCACCGAGGAGCGGAACAGGUAUGCCGACGAGUUGAGGGCUCUGGCCGAAAGCCGCAAAUCGCCCCAGGACGAAGAGAGCUGGUUCAAAGUCGACUGGGAGCGCGUGCCCGAUCUAGUCGAGUCGAGAAGGGUGCUUCUCAGGGCUGGCAAAGCAUUUGUGCCUGCGCGGGAGCAGACAAGCAUGGUGGUGGCCGAAUAUACCGGGCGACUCGAGCGUGCCUUGGAACUCACAGCGAGGGCGCUGCCCAGGCUGGACGAAGACGACCGACUCACGCCCAUCCUGGAUCACCUCUCCAAGAACUUUAUCACGCCGGAUGCAUCCUACAGCAGCAGCACGUCCUCGGUGCCUGGCGCCGAUAUAUCCGCAAAGAACGUCGACAAGCUCUCCGCCAGCUUCCCACUCUGCAUGCAGAACCUGCACAGGUCACUACGCCGGGACGCUCAUCUCAAGCAUUUUGGCCGUCUACAGUAUACCCUUUUCUUGAAGGGAAUCGGCCUGAACUUGGAAGAGUGCCUGGUAUUCUGGAGGACGUCUUUCAGCAAGCUUACAGACGACCAGUUCAACAAAGACUACAGAUACAACGUGCGACACUCGUAUGGUGAUGUCGGUGGAGACUCAAAUCGCCGCGGAGGCGGUUACUCGCCGUACUCGUGUCAAAAGAUCUUGACCGAGCACCCGCCUGGCCCGGGUGAAGCGCACGGCUGCCCCUACCGUCACUUCAACGAAGACAACUUGACAGCAUUACUUCAAGCUGUCGGCAUCUCAGAUAGGGCAGUGCUCCAGGGUGUCAAACAGGACAAACAGGCACAGAAGUUUCACAUGGCUUGUAAUCGUGUGUUUGAACAUGUCCACAAAAACGAAAUCAAGCGUGCCAAGGACGAAAGCAUCAUGACCACAGCUCAGCUCGACACCAUUGUUCAUCCCAACGAAUAUUUCAAGCGAAGCUACCUUCUUAAGAACUUGGGCAAGGACACGACUAAUAGCGAGGAUGUCAAGAUGGAAGGCUAG